AUGGCCGAGGGAGUGCCGGCCUCCCCGUCGGGUGGCGCGGGCGGCCGGGGCCUGCACAGCUCCAUCAUCCAGUGGUUGGUUGAUAAUUUCUGCAUUUGCGAAGGAUACAGCGUGCCUCGCUGCCUCAUGUAUGAGAUUUAUGUGGAAACCUGUGGACAGAAUGCACAGAACCAAGUCAAUCCAGCCACAUUUGGAAAGCUUGUGCGCUUGGUUUUCCCUGAUCUUGGCACCCGGAGGCUGGGCACAAGAGGCAGUGCCAGGUAUCAUUAUGAUGGAAUCUGUAUCAAGAAAAGUUCUUUCUUCUAUGGCCAGUAUUGUUAUCUGCUGGGUGAAAAAGGGUAUCACAGUGGAGAACUCUUGGCUUAUGAAAAAUCUACUAAUUAUAGCAGCAUUAUCCAGCAAGAAGGAAUGUGUGAAAAUCAUUCACCAGUAAAGACAGACCCAGGAGGUUCGCCUGUCUCUGAAUUCCAGAGAUGUCCAUUCUGGGAGCAAGAACUGGCAAAGAAGUACUCCUACAAGAUGAUGGCCUUCCUUGCUGAUGAAUACUGUAACUAUUGUCAAGACAUUUUGAAAAAUGUGAGGAACCAAGAACUUGAGAGGGUGGAGGAUUUGCUUACUUCCUUCUGGAAAUCCCUGCAACAAGACACAGUCAUGCUUAUGUCACUGCCUGAUGUGUGCCAGCUCUUUAAGUGUUAUGAUGUGCAGCUGUACAAGGGAAUUGAAGACGUUCUCCUUCAUGACUUCUUAGAAGAUGUUUCUAUUCAAUACCUAAAAUCAGUCCGGUUAUUUAGUAAGAAAUUUAAGCUCUGGCUUCUUAAUGCUUUGGAAGGUUUUCCAGCCCUGCUGCAGAUCUCCAAGCUCAAAGAAGUUACUGUGUUUGUCAAAAGACUGCGAAGAAAGACAUACCUUUCCAACAUGGCAAAGACUAUGAUAAUGGUAUUGAAAAAUAACAGGAGAGUCAACAUUCUGAAAUCGGAUCUGCAUGCCAUCAUCAGUCAAGGCACUUUGGAUAUUUCUAGGAAAGCAAUGCCAAGUAACCUGAGCGGUGGAGAUGACCAGGAGAACAACAUAGAGAUGAAAUGUUUAAGCAGUUUAAUUUCUUUGCUGGGGACAUCCACAGAUCUUAGUGUAUUCCUGAACUCUCUGUCUUCUAAUCUCCAAGCAUUUGUCUUCCAGCCAAGCAGAAGCAAAGAGGAGUUUAUCAAGUUGGCCGCCAGCUUCCAGCUAAGAUGGAACUUCCUUCUCACUGCCGUGAGCAAAUCCAUGACUCUCUGCCACAGAGAGAGUUUCGGUUCCUGGCAUCUGUUUCAUUUGCUGCUUUUGGAAUAUGUGAUCCAUAUACUUCAGUCGUGCAUAGAAGAGGAAGAGGAGGAGGACAGUGUGGGAAGUCUCAAGGAAGUGCUGCCAGAUGAUCAGUCUCCUGGCCAGCCAGACCAGGCACUCUUCCAACCUCCGGAUUCUUCACCAGCUCAGGAGUGUGAAAGUCCAAGUGCAGAACCACAGCAGGUGUUGCUGAAACAUACAAGUCAGAGCCGGUGCACCAUGGGUUUAAACAGUUUAGUUCUAAGGGUCCUGGGCUUCCUGGUGGAUGGCACCACAGGCAAUAAGGUCAUCCAGGUAUUAUUGGAAGAUAAAGCCACCGAAAGCGCCAUUAAACUCAGCCUUCCUGUGGGGCAAGAAGCCCUUGUCACCCUAAAAGAUGGACAAAAAUUUAUGAUUCACAUAACAGAUGUACCCCAAAGCCCUGAAAAUAUUUAUUUCAGGGAAAACAAUGCUAAUAUGUAAGGUUAUUGAUUUGAAUAGGACAUGAGAAAACAGAUUUUCAUUCUUAAAAAUACAUUAAAGGCUAAAGUUUUUGUAUCGAUAAGAGUUUAUGUACAUAAUAGAGGUAGCAUUGCCUAUUUUAAGUUUAUAUGUAUUUCAAGGAGUUGAUUUUGAUGAAAUGUAUAAACUGGU